CGGACGGGAAGAGGCGGCGCCUGACGGGGCACGCGGGCGGGGCUCUCCGUGACGUGAUGCGGCGGCGGGAACCACUGAUUCUGAAGACUGCCUGGUCAUCAUGGCUCAUGCUUCCUUUUAUGUGGGUUGCACUGUUCCUCAGUUACUGAGAGGUGCUCAGAGCAGAAUUUUUCCCUCUCGUUCUGCAUUGAGGGUGUUGAGACACUCUGCUUUUUGUUACUGCACGGGGAAUGGCACAAUAAAAUCAAAAAGGAAAAUGGAUCAUCUAGAGAGGACAGCAAAUAAUUUUCGACAGGAGGUAAUUACACAAGCCAAAGUGUGUGGAAUCACCAAUGAAUCUGAGACAGUCAAAAGGCUUCGUUUGGCAAUUGCAAAUAAGGAUUUUACUUUCAAAGCAGGACAAUGGGUCGAUUUUUUUAUUCCUGGAGUAUCUGUAGUUGGGGGAUUCUCAAUAUGUUCAAGCCCUGGCCUGUUAGAACGAGAAGGAAUACUAGAGCUGGCAGUAAAGCACACUGUUCAUCCUCCUGCUCACUGGAUUCACACUGAGCAGAUCUUCAUGGAUACCAAGAGGGUAAAGGAAAUAGACACAAAUUGGGAACAGCGAAGCUGUACUACAGUGCAAAAAAUACGAGCGAACUCUUAUUUAAGAUCCAGAACAUGUCUGUCAAAGUUCUUCAGUUCUGUGCAGAGGAUUGAGGAGAUGGAAUCUCUAGCAGCCUUUAUGCUGUCGCAACAAACAUCUGUGCAGGAUGUGGACCAUCUCCAGGAGGACCAGCUGGGACCUGCUGGGUUAUCACUGAUGGUUUGGAGGUCACAGGCUGAGGCACUGGAAGUGCCCUUAGUGCAAAUGAUAGAAGCAACAACAGCAUAUUAGGGGUACAAAUACAGCAAGUCAAUAGUAGAGGUGCUGGUGGAACGCUGUACAGCAGCGGCAAUAUGUGCUGCUCUUCAUCCCGAAUCUUUUUAAGGAUUCAGGAACAGAUUUUCUACAAAGUAGAAUCUUUCCAGGUUUUUUCGUUAAGCAAACCAGGACAGACUCAGUGUUGUAACUAGUUAACAAGCAAACACUUAACAAAAUAAGCGAAUUUGCCUAGAAAUUAUUUGUAUUUCAGAAUAUUUUAAAGAAUUUGAGUGUUUAUUCCAGCAGUGAAAAUCCUCUAUAAUGCAGAAUCUAGACAGUAGCUAAAUCUUAAUUUCAGAACUAACUACAGCAUCUGACUAACACAUUCUUUUUUUGCUAUGAUUUGAACUGAAGCCACUGGGGGUUUGGUGGUAACUUAUCACAGCUGUGACUUAGGGAACUGAAAAUGAGUUUACACUAUCUACUCUGGUAAAAAUAACAUUAGCAUUACAUGGUAGUUGGUUUUACUUGAGAACAUGAGACAGUAAAAGGUCUAGUGACCUUAUCAGAUAAACCAAACGAGACUCAAAAAGUUCCUAACUAAUGGUAAAUACAUACUGCAAGGUUGUUUUUUUUUUUAAAUGGAAAACCCCUAUGGAAGUAGAAGGAGGAAAUACUGAGAAUUCAUACGGGGAAGAAAUUGGGAAAUGACUUAACUGGAUGUUCGGUCCAAAUCUUACCAGAUGGUCAUCUGUGUCAGAAAAGGAGAAAAGCACUAACAUAGCUGGCAGGGUAUUUGCAUUCCAAGUGUGGGAAUUCUGUGUGUUCAUGCAGGUCAGGCCUGUGGAAUCACACUCAUCAGGUUCUCGGUGCUGAAAUGCAGUCUUGAUUCCCAGUAAUAGUCACAGGCGUUCUGGGACUGUGUGCAUACAUCUGCUUUGAUUUUAUGGACUGUGGUGUAAGCAAGUGUGUUUAACA